AUGGAAGAGGAGGACCCAGAAGGAUCCGGAACUGGCAAGACAGCGAGGAAAGACCCCCAUCCCACCCAGGCUGGGAGUGGUGUUGAAUUCUGGGAAAGAGCUGUGCCCAAAGUCCAGUAUCAGGACACUGUGAUCUCCAAUGUUCAUCGCCAACGCUUCCGGUGUUUCCACUACCAGGAGGCUGAUGGGCCCCGAGAAAUGUGGGGACCCCCCCUGAAGAUGGAAGCCAACUCCUGUGAGCCAGAGCGAGUUCUGUCGGAGGAAGAGCAGGGGGCACAGGCCCCGGAGCGUGCUCAGGAGGCUGGCUCACAUGGGCAUUUAAGAAACCACCGAGGGGAGAAACCUUUUGAGUGUUCAGUCUGUGGAAAGAAAUUCAGUCACCGUGGCAAUUUUAGAAAGCAUCAAAGAACCCACACCGGGGAGAAACCUUUUGAAUGCUUGGAGUGUGGAAAGAAAUUCAGUCAGAGUAGCAAUCUUCAAAAGCAUGAAAGAACCCACACUGGGGAGAAACCUUUUGAAUGCUCAGAGUGUGGAAAGAAGUUCAGUUUGAACUCCAGUCUUCAAAAGCAUCAAAGAACCCACACUGGGGAGAAACCUUUUGAAUGCUCUGAGUGUGGAAAGAAAUUCAGUCAGCGUUGCCAUCUUCAAGAACAUCAAAGAAUCCACACUGGGGAGAAACCUUUUGAAUGCUCAGAGUGUGGAAAGAAAUUCAGUCGGAGUCGCAUUCUUCAAGAGCAUCUAAGAACGCACACUGGAGAAAAACCUUUUGAAUGCUUGGAGUGUGGAAAGAAAUUCAGUCAGAGUGGUCAUCUUCAACAGCAUCAAAGAACCCACACUGGAGAGAAACCUUUUGAAUGCUCAGAGUGUGGAAAGAAAUUCAGUCGGAGUGACGCUCUUCAGCAGCAUCAAAGAACCCACACUGGGAUGAAACCUUUUGAAUGCUUGGAGUGUGGAAAGAAAUUCAGUCAGAAGUGUGGAAAGAAGUUCAGUUUGAACUCCAGUCUUCAAAACCAUCAAAGAACCUACUCUGGGGAGAAACCUUUUGAAUGCUCAGAGUGUGGAAAGAAAUUUAGUCAGAGUGGCCAUCUUCAAGAUCAUCAAAGAAUCCACACUGGGGAGAAACCUUUUGAAUGCUCAGAAUGUGGAAAGAAAUUUGGUCGGAAUUCCAUUCUUCAGGAGCAUCUAAGAACCCACACUGGAGAGAAACCUUUUGAAUGCUCAGAGUGUGGAAAGAAAUUCACAUUGUAA